CCAAAGCCGGCGCGUGCGCAACACGCGUUCGUUAUUCAAAUUUUCAAGCUCAAUGCGAUCGCGAACGCGACGUUUCGUCUCCUAGUCUUUUUGUUUAAUUUUUUAAAUGGAAGUAUUGAGGACACACCUCAUUUCCUAUUGUAGCGAUUCUAUUUAAAAUGGUGUGAAUAUGCUUUGUUAAACCAUAAAAGAAGUGUUAGUUCUACUUUCUUAAACUUUAAACAAAACAUAUCCUAAUUGGGUAUUUGAUGUUGGACAUAAUUAAGUGAAAGACGUUCAUUAGUAGAAGAACCGCUAAAACUGUGAUGAAAAAUGAUUCGACAAGAAUUUAUACUGCUGGUGUGUGCGUGCAGUGUAUUAGCUGCGUUGGACGGGUACAGUCCCCAACAGGACCCAGAUCAGUUCCACAUACAGACAGAUGAAGAUGACGAGCGCUACUUCUUAUACCAGACUCACAAUGGACAGUAUAGGAAAGAAAGAAGACUGAAAGACGGAUCUGUUGUCGGUACAACUGGUUGGGUGGGUGCUGACGGAUAUUUGCGGCUCCAGGAUUAUAUCGCUGAUAAUCAGGGAUACAGAAUCUACAAAUCAAAAACAGUCUACGUAGGAGAAAACCGACCAAUUUCAGAGUCUUUACAAAUAGCCAAGACUGCUCCAACUGAUUCUGGUUUUGGAGUAACACCUGCACCAGCACCAGUUCCGCGAAAUCGCGGCCCACCGCGCUUCAAGUCCACGACUCAAGCCCCACCGCCCUCGUCAUCAUACGGACCUCCCACCUUCCCGGCAGAAGUAUCAGUGACGCCUCCCCCACGGACGUACCCACACCCAACGUCAACGCCACAAGUUUACGUUUCACCUAAUUCAAUUGACUCGUCAACAACAACUUAUGAUUUUAGACCCACAGUGACACCAAUCACUGCUAGUGAAGCUGCUACUACAAGCAGUCCCUACGAUUACGAUUCAUCUAACACCAAUACAUUGGACGACGAAUACCAACCGAGUGACAGUCAACGUUACGACGUGUUCAAUCCUAAUUCCUACAGACACGCUGACGCCUGGCUACAGCGACAGCAGCAACUUCAACGACAGCAACAAUCUGGAGCAAAAAUUGGUGACGGUUAUACUCCUCAAUUCUCCACAUAUGAUGGAUCAGCCUUCCGAAGAAAUGGUUUCCGUUACUAUCUUCCCAAACAAUAUCACGAGAAGAGAGCGGCCAGGCAAACGAGAGAACUGGAAGUUUCGGCUAUGUCGAUCCGUUCGGUAUUCGUCGAGUGAUUUACUAUAAUACAGCACCUGGCGAAGGCUUCCAAAUACGCAAAAACAAUAGGUAUGUGGGUCAUGAUGCGACCCCGUAUGACCCUAGGCCCGUGAAUUGAUGUAGCAAAUGUGUGUACAUACAUGUGAGAAUUUGAAGUUACCUAAUUAUUUAUUCAUCAGUAUUGUUAGUUCCCAUGAACUAUUUAUGUAAUAAAGGAGACAAAACGAUCUAAUCGAACGAAGCGAACAAGUCUUAGCCAUUAAUUUGAUAAAUAUAAGUAAGUGUAAAUUGUUGUUCACAUAAGUAUUUUGGAUCAUGUAAACAUACUUGGAGUCAAAUAGCUUCAAUGGUUUUAUGUGUGACUGUGUGUUUCACAGUCAAAAAUCAUUACUUUCUUAUAUUUCAGUGCCAUUAAACUACAUAUUAUAGGUACAAGAUAACAGUUUAAAAUAUCAUAUUAUUCUGUGUAAAAAUCUGCAGUUGUAAUAUUUGUAAAUAACUCACUUUUAAUUAAAGUACAGUUAACAUAUUUAAUGAAAUUCAUGUUAGUGUGACGAUACGUUCUGUUAUUUGCAUCGACAUACUUAAUAUUACUAAAAAUUAAAAUAAUACGAAAAAUACCGUUAAUUUAUUUAAAACUGUCAUCAAAGUAUCAAAGAAGGACAGACACUGGUCAUUAUGUCUAUAAUAGUCGUAAGGUCUUUGAACUCAUCUUGAUUGUCAUCUAAAUGGAUUUUCUUGCAAAUGGACAAGCGUAGGCGCAUCUGAACGACUAAAUGAUUCUGUAUAACCUUUUAGAGCAUAUAUAACUAAAAGGUAUCAGUAGCCAGAAUCGAGAAUAACGAGCCUAACUGCGUGCUAGCCCUGUAAUGCGUUACAUUCUGUCUGUGUCAUACAUUUAUUUUGGG